CAGCAGGCGUGCGCACAGCGCGUGUCCCGGGCUACACGCCGGAAAGACACCUUCCUCCGUGGCAAGCGGGAGGAAGAGUACAGGCCCCCAGGGGGCGGGGUUUGCAGCACCUGAGGUCGCCAUGGCUACCGAGCCCGAGACCCCUGAGGCCGCCUUGGCUGCGGAGCCCGCGGUGCCAUCGCUUGUGGAUCGUUACUUCACUCGCUGGUACAAAGCGGAUGUCAAAGGAAAACCCUGUGAGGACCACUGUAUACUACAACACUCUAACUGGAGUUUGGUUGACAAGAAUGAGUCUUGCAGUGCCUACGCUAAACAAAUAAACUUGGUUACCCAAACAUCCAAAUGGAGGACCACACCCUCAGUCGGCUACUACCUCAAAAUAUGUGUCAUCACACUGGCAGGAUCCCAUCUAGUUCUUCAAAGUGGAAAAGCAAUUAAAAGCAUUUUCUAUCAAAUCAGUACCAACUGUAGCAGACUUCAGAACAAAGUCUCUGGGAAAUUUAAGCGGGGGGCACAGUUUCUAACAGAACUUGCACCUCUGUGUAAGAUUUACUGCUCUGAUGGAGAAGAAUACAUCAUGUCUAGACUAAUUUGGCCUCUCCCGUUGCGGAGCACAGGCUCCGGACGCGCAGGCUCAGCGGCCAUGGCUCAUGGGCCCAGCCUCUCCGCGGCAUGUGGGAUCUUCCCGGACCGGAGCACGAACCCGUGUUCCCUGCAUCGGCAGACGGACUCUCAACCACUGCGCCAACAGGGAAGCCCUAGACUAAGUUUUUAAAUAUGCUGAGCUUUUUAUACCACCAAAGAUCAACAAAAGAACCCAGUGGAAACUGAGCCUUCUAGAGUGACUCUGACCCCAGUUAGGAGGGCUCUGGCAGAGAAGGCUGUUUUCCUUCCACUCCUCACUCCUCGAGGCCUGGCUGUUGGGAAGUGGGAAGAGUAAGACCAUCUACCUUAGCAUUACGGAGAGCUGCUCUGUACAGCAGACCUCAGCAGACACCAAUUCUAUUUUAUUUUGCAUAUAAUUUUAAUCAUUAAGCAAGACUUUAAGCUUUAACCCAUAUAGCACCAUUUUGUAAAAAUUACUGUUCUUUUACUUAGUGCUUAUUGAGAGCAUAUUUCUGGUAUUUAUGGUAAUCAGGACAUUGGGUUUCAUUCCCAGCUACAGGUUGGAAUCAUACUGGAACUGUAGACAAAUCACAGAAUUGAUUUGUGCCUCAGUUAAUUGGGAAUGUUUCGUGGCUGCUACCUCAAAAGUGUGAAGAAAAGUAAAGUAAUGUUUUUAAACUGUUUUAUGUUCCUUGAGGAAAGCAUUAUAUAUAAACAACAUGGCUAUUAGUGCUCCUAACAUUUGGUCAAAUUUCAUCAUUUAAAUGAUUUCACCUUGAACUAAAGCAGAAUGAAAAGCGAAAUCUAUCCUUUGAUAUUCUAAGCCUUCCUAUGCUGACAGCGGUUAUUUUGUAGUAUCUUGCCAGGUCAUGUGCUUCCAGUUAUAACUGGUUUGAGCCUCCUAUCACUACAGGGUCCAUACGGACUAUUUUCAUUGCCUGUGAAUGUUCUGCUAGAGUUAGCAGUGUUAGAGCUGGAACAGAUUAGAAUUUCUGAAACAGUAUUGCGUACAUUUGGGAUGGUGAGCAGUGUGCAUCAUAGGCAUGAACAGUAGUAAGUUACUCCUUUUUCUCCAAAUGUUGCUUCUUUUAACAUAGUGUUUUUGUCAGUAUCUAGGCCAUUUCACUUAUUUUUCUUUAUGGUGCUUAAUUGACCUAUGUCUUUUAGUUAUUUUCUUUGAAGCAAAUGAGAAUUUAUCUCUUUUUGGUGAGUCCAGAAAAAGCUCAGUUUGUUUUGACAACAGUUUUGUGGCUGACUCUUGGGUAAGGUUAACAAUCUCUUUCAUGCUUUUAAUACCAGAACCAGACCUUUAUUACUCUAUGUAGACUAACAGGAAGUCAGAGUAUAGGUAUACCCAGAAUUGUGUAACUAAAGAAGCCUUUCCCUAAUAUAGCAAAAUGUAAACUAUAGAAUCUAGGUGUGUUCACUGUAUAAUUCAACUUUUCUGUGUGUCUGAAAAUUUUCACAAAAUAAUAGAAAAAGAAGAUCUAUAAUUAAGUGCCCAACAUUGAAAGGUUGCAAGUGCUUUUUGACUACUCUUUGGUGUGGAUUAAUGAACAUGGUAACUUAUAUGACAUUUUAAUAUAUUAUAGUACUCUUGCUAUGGAUAAUAGUAAAGGGACCCAUGCUGAUGGGUUGGAAAUAGAAGUAAAUGUGCCUGUUUAUAAUGGUGUGACUUUGCGUGGAUGUUCACUUUCCUUGAAAUUCUGUAUGGAAACAGCAAGAAAGAAUUUGUGUGAAUACAAAUUACUAUCAAUUACUCUCUCCUCUGAGCGAGAUAGA